AUGACACUUCCCGCCAUUACGGGGCAUCUCGACCAUGAUAAAGCAUACGAUGUGUUUCCAGAGAAGUUGAAACCAUACCGGCCCACCAUUCUUGCUUAUUCGGCGUCACUUGUUCAAAUGGGUGUGGGAUACCCCUUGGACACUGUCAAAGUGAAGAUGCAAGCGUACCGCAGUUUCACGGGCUACUCCGAUUGCAUAAAACAAACUUAUCAAACUCAAGGUCUUGCUGGGUUCUAUCGAGGGAUCCUUUCUCCUUUGUUACUGACAAGUCUUGUGCGGACACUAAAUGUAAUGCUUUUCUCAGAAGCAAAACCUAUAGUGGCUCAAUACUUGAACUUUGGAAAAUUCGGCAAAGAUCACCCAUACAUUGCAAACGUCCCCGUUUGCUUCUUAUCGGGGGCUUUUGCAGGUUUCAACACGACCUUUAUUCUGUGCCCCUUUGAGUAUAUCAAAGUAGUGAUGCAAUUGCAAAGAGGGCUGCCUAGCAAUGUGGCCAUUCCUUCACUUGGACAAGUGGUCAAGCUUAUUGUAAAGUAUGACGGCUAUUUGGGGUUAUACCGUGGGUUCAAAUAUCAUGCGCCUCGUGAUGCCAUUGGAAGCGGUAUCUACUUUGCCACUUAUGAACUGGUGAAGUCUGUAUGUAACAGAUUUAUUAAUGGCGAUCCACUGAAACCAUCUCCAGUGCUGAUUCUCGUAGCUGGUGGUGCCCUGGGGAUCAUGGGAUGGCUUUGUAUUUAUCCGAUUGAUACGCUCAAACUGCGAUACCAAAAGGGGGUUGUUAAGAACAUAUUUCGAAAAGCACGCAGCGAAAAACCCAUUCCUGUUGAUCCCGGGAAGCUAGCGUUCAAUCGAGACAUGUUCAGAGGUUUGGGAAUUCUGAUGACUCGUACUUUUUUGGUCAAUCUGAUCUUUUUUAGCAUGUAUGAGUUCACUAUGGCUCAUUUCAAGUAA